GGUCAGAACCUCCAGGACUCAGGAUCUGGUCUGGAUCAGGUCUGGGAUGCUGCGGCCCGGCUCGGUCAGAACCAUGGAGGCGGAGUCUCUGGUGGCUCUGCUGGAGGGCGGGUUGGACCAGGUGGUUCUGAUUGACAGCCGGUCCUUCGUGGACUUUAACUCCGCCCACAUCCUGGAAGCCAUCAACGUGAACUGUUCCAAACUGAUGAAGAGGAGACUGCAGCAGGACAAGGUCCAGAUCCAGGAGCUGCUGCAGCACUCUGCCCGGGGACAGUUGGACCUGCAGGCUGGUCAGCAGGUGGUGGUCUACGAUCAGAACUCUUCGGACCCGGCCUCUCUGGGUUCUGACUCGUUCCUCAGUGUUCUGUUGGUGAAACUGGAGCGGUCCUUCCCCUCCGUCCACCUGCUCUCAGGUGGAUUCUCAGAGUUCUCCAACCUGUUCCCGGGUCUGUGUGAGGACAAGUCCGGUCCAGUUCCGUCCUGCAUGUCUCAGCCCUGCCUCCCUGUCUCCACCAUCGGACCGACCCGGAUCCUGCCCAACCUGUACCUGGGCUGUCAGAGAGACGCCCUGAACAAGGACCUGAUGGUCCUGAUGGUCCUGAUCCAGGUCUCCUGUCCUCCACAGGACCUGAUGCAGCAGAACAACAUCUCCUACGUUCUGAACGUCAGCAACACCUGCCCCAAACCGGACUUCAUCCCAGAGUCUCACUUCCUGCGGGUUCCCGUCAACGACUCGUUCUGUGAGAAGAUCCUGCCCUGGUUGGACCGGUCCGUGGACUUCAUAGAAAAAGCCAAAGCGUCCAACUCCAGAGUCCUGGUCCACUGCCUGGCAGGUGUCUCCCGCUCCGCCACCAUCGCCAUCGCUUACAUCAUGAAGAGGAUGGAGCUGUCCCUGGACGAGGCCUACAGGUUUGUGAAGGAGAAGCGUCCGACCAUCUCACCUAACUUUAACUUCCUGGGUCAGCUGCUGGACUUUGAGAAGAACAUGAAGAGUUCUGUUUGUGACGACAGGAAGUCCCUCCUCUGUGACGCUCCCGCUCAGCUGGAGGAGGCGGAGCCUCGGCCCGAUGGGCCCAGUUCGGUCCAACCGGAGCCCUGUGUUCUGGUGGACGGCCCAGAGGACCUGGCUCAGGUUCUGGGCGCUCUGCAGUGCUCUGACGGUCCAGAGGACAGCGCCCGGCUGAAGCGCUCCUUCUCUCUGGACAUCAAGUCGUACGGCGAGGCGGGUGGAAGCCCCGCCCACCGAGGCUUUGGUGAGGGGGAGGAGUUCUACAAAGAGAGCAGCAGUAAGGCGUGUCAGUUCUCUCCGGUGGAGGAGGUCUCGGAGCAGUCCACUCCAGAACACAGCCCUGAUAAUGACGAGGUGACCGGUCCGGAUCCAGCGGCGCCGCCCUUUCCUGUGGCUCCGCCCAGACCGCCAGCUGCUGCGUCCUCCGGUCAUCAGCUGCGGCGCCGAGGCAGCGUGGAGGAGACCACCACCAGCUUCCUGUUGGGACUGUCACGCAGCCAUCAGCAGCUGCCCCGCCCCACCCCCGGCCCCGCCCCCAGCCCCGCUCUGAAAGGCUGGCACUCAGACAUCCUGCUGGGACCCGUCAUAGGCUCCGCCUCCUCGCUGGUGGGGGGCUGGUACCUGUCCUCAGAGUCCACCCGCUUCUACUCCUCCUACGGCUGCGGUCACAGCAUGGAGACGGUCCGGCGCCGCAGCCGGGGAGGGGGCGGAGUCAGCGGCGACUCGAGGCGGAGCUGGCACGAAGAGAGCAGCUUCGAGAAGCAGCUGAAGAGGCGGAGCUGCCAGAUGGAGCUCGGAGAUGGCUCCGCCCAGGAGCUGGUGAAGGUGGCCAGUACCUCCAGCUUCUCCGGCAGCAUGGAGGUCAUCCAGGUGUCCUGAGGCUCCGCCCACUGUGUCACCUGCUGCUGCUCAGGCUCCGCCCCCUGCGUCACCUGCUGCUGCUCAGGCUCCGCCCCCACACUAACUCUGAAAAUCACAGUGUGUCAGCUGAUGGAGGCGGUCCAACAUUCUGUCACAAAAGGUUCUGGUUCUGGUUCUGGUAUCUGAGAACAUUUCUGAUCCAGCAGAACAGAGUCGGUUCUGACCCGGACCUGGACUCAGAACCAGGUUUAGUUGUUUUGUCAGGUGAACCUGAUCUGAUUCUAAUGAUUGUAUUUCUGUCCUGCUUCAGGUUCUGGUUCUGACCUGGAUCAGGUUCUGGACUUGAACCUGCAGGAGGUUCUGUUCAUCACUGAUCAAUAAAAUAUUUAAAAUGAU